AUCGGAGUUCAGUACAAUCAAUUCCUUCCUAACUAACUAACCUAGUCUAAGGUCUAAGAGUGUAUAUUUUGUGUUCAAAAGUAAUAAAUUAAAUAAAAGUGUAAACAUGAGUUCCGACGAAAUCCCACAAAAAGGCCAGCCCCCACCGUACGACAAUGGAGCUGAACCCUCAAGAGCUGGAGUCACCUACCAAGGCGGUCAACCACAAGUGGUCGUCCCAGUAGUCGUGUCCCACCCCAUGGGACCCAAACCAACACCAUUUACCUGUCCAUCUUGCAACCAACAGAUUGUCACAAGAGUAGAACAUAAGUCCACAACUAAGACACACUUGUUCGCCAUCCUCCUUUGUAUUAUAUGCUGUCCAUGCGUUUGCGUGCCAUACUGUGUUGACAGUUGCCAAAACGCUGACCAUUACUGUCCAAACUGCAGCGCGUACAUCGGCAGUUACAACCAUUAAAUCUAUAGAACAGUGCGUACUUAUUGGUUUAUAACAAAAAAAAAAAAAAAUUGUUGGACACAAUGGUGAUAACCGUAAUCUUAUCUCAUGUUACUAUUUAACCAACAUGACCUCACGUAAAAACAAUUCAUCGAUUAUUUUUCAACGGAAAAUUACGAUGAAUUGAUAUUUUUCGACAAUUUCCUACGAAUUUCCCAUUUUAAAGUUAACGAUAAACUAUCGUUAAUGUGAUAAGAAAUACGAUAAUAAUAUUUGUAUUAUUACUUUUUUCUGUCGAGUUGAUAGUACAUAUCAACGCCGUCUUCUCAACCAAUCACUGAGAAGCAGGUUCAAAGACUUUUCAAGGACACAUGACAUUACUUUUGUAAAGUUUUUAUGUGAACUAAAAUGUUUAAUUUAUAAUGUAAUUAUGCAUGAGCUAAUUUAUAUGGGUAAGAUUAUAUACUUAUUCGCAUAAAUAAAGGCCUAUAACUAUACGAAACUUUAC